UCACCUUCUCACACGGGCAAGCAUCUGGGAGAGUAAACAAGGAGCAACCAUGGAGAAGAGUUAUGUGUCCAUGUUCCUGCUGCUCAUUGCCAUUUCCUGUGCUCUGGCAAAGGAUGCGGGCAAGAAGGAAACAAAGGAGACUACUGCUAAACCAAAACUGCCUCAGACACUCUCCAGAGGCUGGGGAGACCAGCUCAUCUGGACACAGACUUAUGAGGAAGCCCUCUUCCGUGCCAAGCACGGCAACAAACCCCUGAUGAUUAUCCACCACCUGGAUGACUGCCCACACAGCCAAGCCCUCAAGAAGGUCUUUGCUGAACAUAAAGAUAUACAGAAACUGGCUGAAAAAUUCAUUCUCCUGAACCUUGUGUAUGAAACCACAGACAAGAAUCUUUCACCUGAUGGCCAGUAUGUCCCUCGGAUUUUGUUCAUAGAUCCUUCCCUGACUGUGAGAGCAGAUAUUACUGGGAGAUACUCAAACCGUCUUUAUGCAUAUGAGCCCUCUGACAUUUCAUUGUUGUAUUCAAAUAUGCAGAAAGCACUGAAGCUCCUGAAGACUGAACUGUAAGGGGAAGAAGGAAGCCCUUCAGCACCAUGCAGCCUGAUCUUCCACCUCUUCUCCACUCAUUGACACUGGUGAAGAGACUAUUUGGAGUGAUAUUUAGCGAUGUGUAGAGCUGGUUUAUAUGCAUAAACACUACAGUUUUACAUUAGCACUUUUGUACUGGGUGGCAUUUUUAAAAGCUGGAGGCUUUCAAUUUAAGGUGUACAGAACACUGUAUGAUACAGCUGUACAAAUGAUUUUUUAAAAAAUAAAACUGUUUCAAGUGUUUACAUACAA